GAUUCUAGAAAAUUUAUCUGAUUAGAUUCCGUCAUUUUCGCGUUAUCGGAGCACCUGUCGGCUUAUCAGAUAAGCAUCUGGGCUUAACGUACCUUGUGGGUCGUGCGAGGUUGCGCGCUUCGAAAUGCAUCAUUCGAAGGUUCCUGCUCCAAUUUGAGGGGUUUGACAAGGUGUAUACGUGUUAUGCAGGUCUCCCUUUGAAUGUUAACCACCGUUUUUCUUCAGGCAUAAUUGGGAGCAAGUAUCCUGAAGAUGCUCAGGAAACAGUACCUCUUCGCUUUACCCAACCUGCAGGCCCCGUUCCUUGCGAUUCGGAAUUCGGCGCAGGUUCAGCCUAAUGUCAAACACGCAUGGAGAUCAACGGAGCUGGAUUGGAGCUGGUGCCUUACAUAUCAAGUAUGAAAAGCUCAAUGAACUAGGAAGAUCACAGUUGAUCUCGUCCCCACUCGACUCUUGACUUCGAAGCCCCCAUGGCCGCCGUCGAGGAAACCAAGUCCCAGACGGGAUCCGAGAGCUCCAUCGAGCAGAAGGUCGAGACCACUCAGACUCCCGAGUCCAAGGCAGAACCUGAGGUCGCUGGUGUCGCGCGUAUCGAAGCUCUGUACAGGGUUUUUGGCGGGAAAGGCGCACCCUUGUGGAUUCUUUACCUCAGUAUUGCGCUCAUCGCGUAUGUGUACUCUCUCGAUUCCAACACUACGAGCAGCUUCUUGCCCUUCGCUACAUCGGCUUUCGACUCACAUGCGUCGAUUGGAACGAUAUCAGUCGCUGCGGAUAUUAUAGGCGCCGUAGGGAAGCCUUUCAUUGCCAAAAUUGCCGAUAUCACGUCGAGACCAAGAGCUUAUGUCUUUUCUCUCUGUUUUUACAUCCUCGGAUACAUCGUGAUCGCUUCCUCUUCCACAGUAGGCGCAGUCUGUGCUGGAGAAGUGUUGUACACGAUUGGGAGGACCGGUUUGGAUUUGGUGACCGAUAUCGUCGUCGCUGACUUGUCUCCAUUGAAAUGGAGAGGUUUCGCAACAGCUCUCCCAUCUUCACCGUACAUCAUCAACGCCUUCGUGGCCGCUGAAAUCACCAAUGGAUUCCUUCCGGGCAAGUGGCGGUGGGGUUAUGGCAUCUUCAUCAUCAUGCUUCCUGUUGUAAUGGCGCCUGCCUUAGCUGUAUUGUUCUGGGCAGAAAUCAAGGCCAAGCGUGACGGCACAGUGUCCAUCGCAUCCAGUGCUUGGGAACGACGCCACGAAGGGUCUGACGAGAAAGUUACAUUGGUACACCUAUUGCUCGGGAUUUCGGCUGACCACGUCGAUAUGAUCGGUCUCGUCAUACUGGGCGGAUGGAAAAAUCCUAGCAUGAUUGCUAUGAUCGUUGUAGGAGGCGUUUUGCUAUUUGUGUUCGCGGCAUAUGAGAAAUGGUUUGCUCGUUACCCGCUCAUGCCAGCCCGCGUCCUCAAUAGGACGUUCAUUGGUGCCGUUACAGUUGACGUCCUGUACAUGCUCUCGGGAAGCAUGAGAUCGCUGUAUUAUUCGAGUUGGACAUGGGUCGUCACGGACUGGACAACUCGCGAGUGGACGUAUUUCAAUAAGACAUUGACCGUUGGUCUCUGCGUUUUCGGUAUCGUCGGAGGACUCAUUCAACGUUACACUCAUCGGUACAAGGCGCUCCAGUUCUCUGGUCUUUGCAUCCGGAUAAUCGGUAUGGGCUUAACUUUCUACGCGAGAGGCGAUAACGCAACGGAUGUCGCCCUCGUUUGGACCCAGCUCCUUAUUGCCAUCGGUGGAGCAUUCAGCGUCGUAGGCUCGCGCGUUGCUUCCCAAGCAUCCGUACCCCACGCCGACCUAGCCCAAGUAAUUUCCCUGAUAUCCCUUUGGACUUCCCUUGGCGGUAGUGUUGGGUAUGCUAUUGCCGCUGCGGUCUGGACAGGCAAAAUGCCCGGGUACCUCCACAAGCACCUUCCAAACAAGACCGACGCCGAGAUCGCUAAAAUAUUUGGAUCUAUCAAGAGUGCUAGGAACCUCGGGGCAGCGGAUAGGACCAACGUCAUUUACGCAUACAACGACACUGUAUAUCUCCUCUAUCUUCCCGCUCUCAUUCUUUCUUUCCUCCCCCUUAUAGUGUUGCUAUUCAUGCGAAACUUCUACCUCGGCGAUAACCAAAACGCCGUGCAGAACGUCGGUAUUGAUGGUCGCACUCUGGAGAAUAAUCAAGCCGAGGAGAGGAAGGAAGAGGACGCGGAGAAGGCUCCGGCAAAGUAAUUUUGUCUCCCUCCCUUAUGAUUCCCAGUUUUAAUCUGUAUGAAAAUUGAUGCGUCAAGACCUUAUUAUUAACGUCUGUUUUAUUUAAUGAAAGUAAUGGUUGUUCGUCGUCAUAGUCCUCUUUCAUGACUUGUCCCGGGUAGAAGGAAAAUUUGAGCGUCGUAUACUGCUGACGCAUCUAAAGACCCAACUUCUGCAACCCAUUGAGUCAAAGGAUAAGAACACUCCGCUUGACAAUGCAGAAAUAAAAAUCACAUGGAAGGCUAGUCAACCUAUUAUACCAUCUCCGCGUAAUUUCUCCACAUCCUCCUUCCCCAAUCCCAGCAUCUCCUCCAACACAACAUCCGUAUGCUCGCCCAAAUCAGGACCAGCCCAACGCGGGGUGAAAUCAAAACCUUCAAUCCGGGGAAAAGUUCCCGGCAUCUUCACAUUCCA